UUUAUUAAACAUAAACAAAACGACUUCCUGUCUUGCGCAAAUCCUACCGACUCCGGCCGUCAGAGAAGAUUUUUCUGUGAGGAAGGUUUCAUGUUUUCGACAAAUUCAUAGUUUGAACAACCACAACACCUACUUAAAAUAUUGGUGGAUGUAACCAUGGCUUCGGCUACAGUUGAGCAAAAUUCUGGCAACCAUGCCAAUUCGACAGAUGCUAAAACUGGAGAUCUCUCUGGGUGGAAAGCAAAACUUAAUCUCCCUCCUAAGGACCACAGAGUUAAAACCAGUGAUGUGACAAACACCAAAGGUAACGAGUUUGAGGACUUCUGUUUGAAGCGAGAACUGCUAAUGGGGAUAUUUGAGAAGGGGUGGGAGAAACCCUCCCCAAUCCAGGAGGCCAGCAUUCCUAUCGCAUUAACCGGAAGAGACGUUCUAGCUCGCGCUAAAAAUGGCACAGGAAAAACCGGGGCCUACACUAUUCCAAUUCUGGAAAAGGCAGACCCAAGCCGAGAUGAAGUUCAAUCUUUAGUUAUUGUGCCAACUCGAGAAUUAGCCCUCCAGACCAGUCAGAUCUGUAUUGAGCUCAGUAAACACUUAGGACUCAAAGUAAUGGUGACUACAGGGGGGACCAAUCUGAAAGACGAUAUCAUGAGGCUCUACGAACCAGUACAUGUGAUCAUUGCCACCCCUGGCAGAAUCCUGGACCUGAUGAAUAAAAAUCUAGUCAAAAUCAGUAAAUGUGGCAUGCUGGUCCUGGAUGAGGCUGACAAACUGCUGUCUCAAGACUUUAAAGGAAUGCUGGAUCACAUCAUCGCCCAUCUCCCACCAGACCGACAGAUUCUCCUGUACUCGGCUACCUUUCCUUUGACUGUGGAACAAUUCAUGAGGAAGCAUCUUAAUAAUCCGUACGAGAUCAACUUGAUGGACGAACUAACUCUGAAGGGAGUGACCCAGUAUUACGCCUUUGUCCAGGAAAAACAGAAAGUCCACUGUCUCAAUACUUUAUUCUCAAAGUUGCAAAUUAACCAGUCCAUUAUUUUCUGUAACUCCACACAAAGAGUUGAGCUCCUAGCUAAGAAGAUUACUGAGCUGGGCUACUCUUGCUUUUAUAUCCAUGCCAAGAUGAACCAGCAGCACAGAAACCGAGUAUUCCAUGACUUCAGACAGGGGCUGUGUAGGAACUUAGUGUGUUCAGAUCUGUUCACCAGAGGUAUUGAUAUUCAGGCAGUAAAUGUUGUCAUCAACUUUGACUUCCCAAAACACGCUGAGACGUAUCUCCACAGAAUUGGUCGAUCAGGGCGAUUCGGACACCUGGGGGUGGCCAUCAAUCUCAUUACCUAUGACGACAGGUUUGCCUUGCACAAGAUUGAAAGUGAACUGGGAACAGAGAUUAAACCCAUUCCCAAAAACAUAGACAAGUCCCUUUAUGUGGCAGAAUUUCAUAUGGUGAACGAAGAAGACGGAGAUCAAAGUUCACAGCAGAGAGGAGCCCGCUAGAAUGGAUCACCCUUCACUGUCAUCGCAUUCAUUCAUUUUUGUGUCACAACAUGCUGAAAUAAUCUGUAUUCUUGAAAAACUUUCACUGUAAAGCCUUGAGGAACAACAUAUCAACCAAAACAAACAUCAAGGAUGAUCAGCAUGUGUUUUCAUCUCUCAUUUUAUAUGGCAUUAUUUGUUGGAGGGAGGGGUUCAGCAGGGGGAGGUAACCAGUGCUAUUGUUUCACCAUAUUUUGUCACAAUGUUUUAGAAUUGACACAGUUUGGUGAUAAGCAAAUUGUAGAUUUAGGUUCAAUGAAUUGUAAAUUUGUAUAUGUUGCAAAAAGGGAAAGAACAAAGAUUGAUGCUAGAUUAAAAAAAAAUUGUACUGUAAAACUCGUUUAGUGCGAACACGGAUAUGGCGAAUUCACAGAUGUAUGGAAGUUAUCUUGGAACCCAAGCUAUAUAGAUUUAAUGAACUCCUUAUAGGGAUAUAACGAAUUAUUGAUAUAGCGAAGUAAUUUCAUGGGUCCCUGUGACUUAGUUAUAACUGAGUUUUACUGUAACAUGUUUAUUUAUGAUACUUUUACUUUUAGGUAUAUAAGUUGGAUGACAUAAGAUAAUAAAGUAUUUCUUGAGUUUAUGAAUAAUGGCAAUGUUAAAAAAAUUAAAAGCCUGAAGAUGGUAUAGGACACAGUGCCUUUUAUCAAAGCUGGAAUAGUUAUGGGAUAAAAAGUCCUUCAAUUUAUGACAAGGGUUGCAUAUGAUUUAAAGAGUGUAUAUUGAUAGCAGUCCUGUACCCCCAUAAAUCAAGUUUUUAUCCCCAUAAUAAAAAGUUUUUAUCUGUCAUCAAUCCUUGUUCUCUUCCCUUUUAGAGUAAUAUAUUUUUGGUGCAGAUAAAUGUAAAACAAAAGUGUGGAGUCUGCAUAAGAAUCAGCUAUUUAUUUCUGUUGAUCUCAGUGUAGAAGGAAGCCUGCAUCUGUCAUAUGUCUUAUUUUUGUGUUCCUUUAUUGUCAGAAGGUUGAUUCGUAAUCAAGUGAAAAGACGUUGUUUUUAAAUGCAUUGCAACUAAAUUAUCAACUUAUGUAAGGAUCUUCAGGAUCACCAUUAUCAUUAGGAAUCUAUAUUUGUUGGAAACUAAGAAAUGCAUAUUUUGAUAUUUAAGCAAUGUGUUUUUGGAUAUUUAAGUGUGUAUUAGAGGUCUACUCACUGUUUCCGUACUAAAUUGGUCUCAGAGUUUCUGAAUGAUAUAAGCAUGAUAAGGAAGUGAAUAAUGAUUUGAUGAACUUGAGAAAAAACAUUGUGAUGAGCUUCUGAUAAUGGCAUGUAGACAGUUAUGGAUGCAAGCUUCCUUCCUGAACAUUUGUACAUUAUUUAUAUUCACUGUCAUCUUUUACUGUCAUGUCACAAAGUGACAAUUCAAAGUCGGACCUUCCCUUAAUCAAAAACAGCCUUCUCCUCCUAGCAGUAUUUCAUUUGUACAGAUUUCCCUCCAAUUUUGUAUAGAGUUAAGGUGUAGUGGGGGGUGGGGGAAUUCCCUGCCCCCCACAAAUCUACUGGUAUUCUGAUCUGUGUACAUAACAAGGAGCUUAGUUCCUGGAGAAUUGAGCCACAAAGAAUAGUUUGUGAUUCUGUGAGUGAAUGCUGGUCAAGGUUGUAAGUGUAAACUAGUCAAAUUUUGUAUCUGAAAUCCACUGUCACCACAAAUCAACUUUAUGUAACUUUUAAUAGGGAUGUGCAAUUUUUUUCCAUGUAAAAAGUGUGCUCAUACAGCAAAGGUGUUUUCUCAAAAUAGCAAAAACCAAACAAAAAAAAAUGGGGAGAGUGAAGAAAUGACAAAAUAAAGAUGAGUCAUAGGGGUUAAUACUGAAGCCUUGCUGAAUGAGCACAUUUGACAGAACCAGCAGUGUGAAGCCUUUCUAUGUGACCAGCAGUAAGAUACGACAACGUAUGGGAAAGGCUACCCAGCCAAACAUGUCAGUGUAGAUCUGACUGGGUAUGUUAUUUGUACUAAGUAAUGAAUAGGGGAUACCAGACAAGAGCCAUCAGGAGCACCAGUUUAUUCUGUAUCAGAUGAUCUCAGGGUUUAACUGUUAGCUGUCGACAACAAAACGAACAUUUGCUGUAUGUUAGCUAAUGUGUGUGUGUCUGCGUGUGAGCGUGUGAUUUUGAACAAUUGUGCCUUAAACCUUUCUCUGCUUGAGGAGGAAGACAGCGGAGUCUGGGGAAAUACGACGCACCGUGACAACAAAUCAGAUAAAAAAUUUGACAUGUUUGUACACAGUAGUGAAAUAAUAAUGAUGCAUAACAAAACAACAGUGCUAAAACUGAGAGCGAAAAUAUAUUUCUGGAGUUGAUGCAUGCGGAAAAAACUUUUAUUCGAGAAUUCAUGGAAAGUGUCUUAUUCAACACAUUUAUACUACCGUACACACUGAACAAAAAGGACUCUGACGACAAAAUAGGAAGAAACGGACUUCUGAAUUAUUUUGUGAGAUUGUGUUCCAGAGAAAUGGUGUGUGACAAGGCAGGCAUCAGAUCCACUUUACCAGACAGGGACUGGUCAAUAAGGGCAGCUUUCUAAAUAUUGCCAGAGAUUUCAGUCUCAGUGACACAGACCAGUCAGCCACACAGCUGACGCUGUUAUGCCAAAACACUUUGUUUUCUUUUUUUCUUUAUUUUGUUGACUGUGCUAUAUUGAGUUGUUCCCCUUUGUGUGACUGUUAAUGUGUUCGUAAUAUGUGCUAUUUAGUUUUUUUUGGGGGGUAACUGAAAGAGAAAUUUGUUUUCAAUAAUUUUGAGGCAUUUUUAGACAGAUAUAGGUAAAGUACACAUUGACAUCUUUUCUAUAUUUUUAGGAAACUUUUUGAUAAAUCUGUUUUUGGAUGUAAAGGUCUUAAGAUAUUCAAGGAAGUUAUUUAGUUUUUUGCAGCAGUUGGGUCAAAUACUAUAAGAAGGCUAUGCUAUGCUACAUUCCUUCAAUUUUACAAUGACCAAAUUUCUUUUUUUUUUCUUUGACAAAGAAAUAAUAUUGCAAUGUUUAUUUAUAUAAAGCUAUUUUUGUGACCAUUGCCAAUUUUGGAAACCAGUAUAAGGGUCUGUAUGAAUUAAUGACAAGUAUUGGGCCCAAAUAAUCAAGUAACAAAAGCUAUGGGUAUUGGCCCCCAACAAUGAAGUAACAAAAGGGUUCAGUAUGGGUCCCAACAGUAAAGUAACAAAAGCUUUGGGUAAUGGGCCCCCACAAUGAAGUAACAAAAGCUUUGGGUAUUGGGCCCCUACAGUAAAGUAACAAAAGCUUUGGGUAUUGGGGCCCCAACAAUGAAGUGACAUUGGCUUUGGGUAUUGAUACACUGUUAAUUCAGUAUAUUUGUAUGUUUUGAUUAUGAAAAUAUUUUUGGCAAGUAGAUGUGAAAAACAGAAAAAGAAAGUGGGUGGAAAUUUUUUCCUGGGAUUUCUACCUGAUGGAGAUUGUAAAAAUGAAUUUUAAAGUGCAUUAGAAUGAAAUAAAAUCAAAGGUGUGAGCCGAUAAAUAGGGCAGAAUGGAUUUCCAGGAAUAUUCAAACUAACAAGUAUGUUUUAAGUUUUAAAAUGUGGGACAAAGAAAAUAAACCUGAAGAAGGACAUAUUCAGAACUGAGCAGGAUUUUGGUCUCUCUUAUCAAAAUUUAUAGGUGGGGGAAUUUUGAACAGGGGAAGGGGUAUCACUAAUAUUAAAUUGGAUGCAAAAAAUUAACAGAAAACAAAUAAGAUGGUACUGUUUUGGCUUCUUUUUUUUUUAUUUAAAGUAAGAUGUAGGUUGUGCAUUAAAUUUUACAUAUAAAGUGUCCCACUCCUGCUCAAACUUGUCCUUCUAAACACACAGGGGCAGAUAAAGCAUGAAAUAAGUAACAUGUUGUGACAAACACUUUGGCAUCCUGUUGGAAAUACUCAGUUUUACAUCUGUUUGGAAUUUAUUAUUGUACACAUAUUUAAAGUUCAACCUGUUUCUUUUUGGCCAUUGAAGUAUUAAGAUGAAAUUAGUGUUGAAUACAGAAAAUGUUAAAGCAGUGUCUUCAAAAUUAUUAAGUCAGCAUGGUACAUUGUUCAAUUAUUUCAAGGAGAAAUUGCAAAAAAAUAAAAUCUGAAAUCAAAGAAAA